UCUUUGACUUAAAGUCACGUAGUGCCGAGAAUGUAUUUGCAGUCAAUUUGUAUGUAGAUGCUGUCGUUGCAAAAGCUUAAUUUAGUGCCAUGCAUCCAGUAAAUCCAACCAAUGAAUAAUUGCCUUCUUCAGACACAUCGGCGUUGACUACUAAUGGACCAAAGAGGCUUUGACAGAUUUAAAUUCAGAUGAUAUUGAGGAAAAAUAUUUGGCAACUGACCCGACAGCUUUGCAUUUAAAGCUGCAUUAUAUUUGUAUCACGAAAUUAUAUCACAAACUGAGCCGGAUCAUGUCAUUGCAACCCGACAUCUGGUAGAAAAUCACAGGAAUACAUAUGGGAUGAAAGAUUCAAUGAUGACUGAUUCCGAACAGAGAGAAGUGAGGAGAGUAACCGACGCUGAUUACGAUGACGUAAUGUCCAUCCGAUCCUCUGUUUAUGAUGGAUACGAUUAUCUCCCUUUUCAGUUCAAAUCAUUAAUCAACCAUCCAGACAACGAAGGAUAUGCUACAAUUUUGAAUGGAAAAUUUGUAGCGUUCUGUUUGGUGUCCAAAGUUGAUGGAGGGGAAACUAUGGUGACUAGGGCAGGUCGGAUCAACAAACAGUUCGAAGGACAUGGCAUAUACAAAGCACUUAAAUCAUUUAUUAAACAACGCCAAUGCAAUGGUACCGUAUGUUAUCAUGCAUAUAUUGCAACUAACACAAAUCAUCUGAUUUCGGCCGCGAUUUCUAGAGGGGAACUUGCUGUGUUGGAGAAAAAAAACACUGUUUUCUACAACCCCGAGCAUGAUUUAAGAGCUCUCAUAGAAGUGAUGGGUUCACCAAAGUAUUCUCGUAUUAUGUCACCGACGGAUAUGGAAGAUAUUUUUCAAUCUAAUGAAGCAUGCACAAAACUAUUUCCAGCUGCGAGAAUAAUGUGUAAUAUAGUACCGUAUAGGCUUAAAAAAUCUAAUAUUCCAUUGAUUUUUUCGGACCUAACCUUAUUAGUCGGAACUUAUGAUUCCGAAUGGCAACUCGUCACUUGUGGGUCAUAUUCCAAAUGUGAAAAGGGGCAUGUUUAUGAAUUGUAUGUUUAUGGAAAUAGCUGUUUCAUGAGUGAACAUGUAAUUAUACAUUUGAAUUAUAUCUUGAAAUACUGCCACAGCGGAUUAGAACUGCUUUUACAUUAUAACGAAAACCAAGUCAGAGCAUUUGGUACUGAAAUGAAGAAAUGUCAAUUCAUUGAAUUAAAAGGCUCGUGGAAAUCGGAGUAUCUGCUUGAAAACAAACUGAAGUAAAACUGUAUCAUCUGAAACUAAAGAGGACAUAAAGGAGGAAAUAAAAUAAAGUUUAUCUCAGGACUGCUUUAAU